CAACAGGGCAUCUUUUCAAAAUUAUAUUUCUUAACUCAGCUUCAUAUUUUGAACGAACGUCUGAUAUUUAGCAAACAACGAUGUCUGAUCUCGUAUUAGACGAUAAAAGAGCUGAAUUUAUAGCUGAAUAUGUCUUGACUUCACACAAACUGAAGAAUGACAAGUGGAUGAAAUUGUGGAAUUCGGAGGAUAUGAGGCAAAAAAUAACUACUUUUUUCGACAAAGCUGAUGUCACCCAGCUUUUUAUAGUUCUGACCCCUGCUGGAAUUUUGGCAGCUGAGAAUGAUUUCCCCGUUAGUUCAAAGUCCAAGACGUGUUUUUUUAUGAAAAAAUCAAAAGAGGUUAUCCCUAAAGACGGGUUGCUUAGCAAAUACAUGUUCUAUGGAGAUCUUUCCUACAGUCCUUUGGAACAUUUUUCUGCAUUUGUCGAUGAGGUUCUAAUCCCUGUUCUUUCUAACAAGAAAAAUUACAGUUCAUGGCCUACAGUAGUGUAUGAAGAUGUCAUCAAGUAUGCACAUGGCCUUAAAAAGCAAACUGAUAUUGUUGUUGGACAAGUGAAAGGGAAGACUCUUUUGCCCCUCCCAGUUGAGCAGGAGCGAUUUAAAGAACAUUUUAAAGAAGGUAAAAUAAAUCGAAGUUUUGUAUAUGCUAUUGAGUCACUUGUUAUUGAUUGGUCUCAUCAAAUUCACAAAGUGCUACUCAAAGACUCUUGCCAACCUCUUCUUAAUGGCUUACACCCCACUCCAUUAGUGGAAUUAGACUUUUGGAAAGCGAAAGUGACAAAUCUUGAAAAUAUCUACUCUCAGUUAAGUACACCAAAAGUUAAACAAAUGGCACAAAUAUUAGAACAUGCUGAUAGCAGUUAUUUUGUCCCAUUUAAAGAAAUGUUUAAAUCCGUUGUAACAGUGAGUAAAAACUUAAUGUUAUGUUGUUUCAGCGUUACGCGAAGCACAGGAUAUUGAUAUGCACUUAAGUAUUAUGAGGUCACGACUGGAAGAUAUGGAACAAGCUGAAUUGAUCAAUUAACACAACAUAUUGAACCGAUUUUUCAUAUUAUCUGUUUAACGUGGGCUAGUUCUAAAGG